AGAGAUAUAAUAGAAUUAUAUAUAGUAUAUAUAGCCAACUAAGCCCCGACCAACAGAAUCGAUAACAAUGGGAGACGAGGCCGAUAAACGGACGGGAAAGGAGAAGCUGCUGUUCUAUACGACCGCCUUCUUCAUCCUGCUGGGCACUUUCAGCCUGUUCGCCUUCCUCUUCCUGGUGCCGUUCGUGAUCGAGCCGGCCUUCACCACGAUCUUCAUGCAGUUCGAGGAGGUUCCGGCGCUGUGCGAGACCUACGACACGGAGAUCUACUACGGGGCCAAGAACUGCUCGUGGUCGUCGUGCCGCGAGGGCUGCACCAAGGACAUCUAUACGUGCACCCAGAUCCGGGUGAACUAUCGCCUCAACCUGUACAACUACACGGAUGAGUUCAAUUUUACGGAGUACCACAUCAAUCUGAAGGAGGCGGAGCGCAUCCUGCCGCCUGUAAAGCGUACGGAUCGGUACGAGCGAGCUCUGCGUAGCGACUACGAGUACGAUAACCUGGGCGGCGGCGUGGGUGGUGCCGGCCUGGACAUCGACCUCGGAGGCGGACGGUUGGAGCAACUCAAUUUUGGCGAUGCCGAUGGUUCCAAUGGGUACCUCAUCGAGGACUCGGAGGAUACGCACGGGCUGAGUGCCUCGGGCACUCUCAUACCGGACGAGCGGCGCCCCUUCGACGAGAUCUCCGAGCUGAACGAAGGCCUGAUGGGCAAUCGCUCCAUGUACUACUACGUGGGCGCCCGGCUCUUUCCCAAUGUGAAGGGCUGUGGCUACCCACCCAUGCUUAACUGCACCAUCUGGCUGAAGCGGUACACAAAGAUCGGGAUCAAGUUUCCGUGCUACUACUCCAAGGUGGAUCCCAGCCUGGUCAUCAGCGACCUGGAUUACUGGCAGAACACACUGAACUUGGUGUACUCGAUGGCCAUUCCCAUUCCCUCGUUCAUCAUCUCGGUGAUUUAUCUGACGUACGCGUACUUCAAGAUCUACAACGAGGACGAGGAGACGGCGCCGCUGGACAAGAAUGCCGAGGACAUGGACAUCGAUGACAUCGAUGCCGUGGACGACAGCGACGGUGCCGUGCUGGCGGACAACGUAGCCGGCAGCCAGAUAAUCAACAUGGACUCCACCACCAACGACAGUUGUCUGGAGGGUGUCCUUCCCAACGGCGGUCCCGGCAUGACCGCUUCCAUAUCGCAGGGUGGCUCUGUCACCACACCGGGCCCAUACAUCGCGCAGAGUCCGGCGGGCUCGCAGAUGACGCCCAACUCUGAAAUGAACUCGUUCGGCCAUCAACUGAAGGUCCAGAUGGCCGACGAGCUGUCCAGGGACUCGCUGGAAAAUGGAGUUAUCUCCACGUCCAACUCAGUGCAAGGAAACUUGAGCAAGACGAUGACGACGAGUAUCUCAACUCCUCCUGGGCCGACGGCGGCAGUCUGAAACGUCAGGCGCAUGGUCUGGAAAAUGUUAGAUUCCGAUUCGGAAAAUGAGCCGCUGCUGGAGGAUACGUAGACCGCCGAGCGGACAACAAAACCCCGUAGCGGGCGGAGAUCGGAGACAGGAGCGGAGACACCAAGCUAGAAAAAAAGCGAACACCCCAAGUAUUUCUACCCCGAAACAAUCGACAACAACGCAGUGAAUGCGACCGAACCUGAAUACCUUCAGAGCUGUUAGAGGCACCUAAAAGAACUAUGAUAGAUUAUAUAUAUUUACCUUAUGAACUAGCCACACUACUCACAUACACACACACAUAUACUACUCGCUAGGGAUCCCGAUCCCCUCACGUCGUCAACCACCCACAGCCGCCAUUCACUCAAAAUUGCAACACGGGCAUUAGAAUCUGCACAGUAACUGAUAUAUCUGAAGGAUAGACAAAUGGAUAGAGGGAUAAAUGGGUGCCACAUCUUGGGCGAUUGGUACAAAUACAAUAAGCCUGGAGUGCUAUACAUAUACCUAGAGGAAACUAUAAUACUUAUACACUGCAUAUACAAAUAUUUACUUGAAUUAUUUUUCUAUUCGCAACAAUCGUCGUCGUCUCGUCCCGUUUCGAGAGGAAAAGACCCCACAACACCCAUCCCGAACCCAAGCCCAAAACCAAAAUAAAGCAAAUCAAGAAUAGAUCUGA